AUGGUGGCCAUCCUGGUGGGGUGCAACUAUGCCGGUACGGAGAACGAGCUGCAGGGCUGCAUCAACGACGCCCAAGCCAUACGCGCCGUCCUCCUCGACCGCUUUGGCUUCGCGCCGGCCGACGUCACCGUGCUCACCGACGACGACCACCACGAGAGCGGCGCCGGCGUGCUCCCAACCGGCGCCACCGUCAAGCGCACGCUGGCCGAAAUGGUGGCGCGCGCGGCGCCGGGGACGUGCUCUUCUUCUUCUUCAGCGGCCACGGCACGCUCACCCCGUCCGUCAGCGGCCAUGGCGGCCGCGACGACGAGGCCAUCGUGCCCUGCGACCACAACCUCAUCUAUGGUCUGUGUCGUCUGCGCACACGUCGACUUCCGGGAGCUGGUGGACCUCAUGCCGCGGGGCGCCACCUUCACCAUGGUGUCCAAUUCGUGCCACAGCGGCGGCCUCAUCGACCAGGAGAAGGAGCAGAUGGGCCCCGACGUCCCCGCUGACCCCGACCUCCACGCCCACGCCGUCCACGCCGCCCGGUUCCUCCCCGCCAAGUACCGCCGCGACCACAACGGCGGCAACAGCGGCGGCGCCGCGCGCACCGACGACGCCGACGCUGGGAUCCUGCUGAGCGGGUGCCAGACGGACGAGCUUUCGCUGGAGGUGUGUGCGGAUGGCGGCAGAGCGGCGUACGGGGCGUUCAGCGGGGCGCUGCAGGCCGUGCUGGCGGCACACCCGACGCUGAUGAGCAACUGGGAGGUGGUGUGCGGCGCCAGGGAUGUGCUCCGCAAGCAGGAGUUCCCGCAGCACCCCUGCCUCUACUGCAGCGACGCCAACGCCGACGCGCCGUUCCUCGGGCACGGGCAGCAGGAGACCAAGAGCAACUAA